AUGUAUCCUCAUAUUGGAAAUAAGUUAUUAACUGGAAAUAGUAGCUUGUACUCCAAAAUAGAAUAUAAUUUGAAAAAACAUUCAAGAGAUCAAUUAUUUGGAUUUCAAAUUUAUGGAUUCAUUCCACUCAUUGAAAAAAUUUCACCAAAAUUUAGUAAUAUUUUGAAGAAUGAAAAGAUGCUUUGUUUGAUGAGUUCAUCACAACAAGAAAUUAUUCAAAAAUUAAUUGAUUCUUUGCUGUAUGAUAAGAACAAGGUAAAGUUUAGCAAAGAAGAAGUGUUGGAUGUUUUAUUCAUUUUGGGUUUAUUUAAGAAUGGUGAAUUUAUUGAUUUGAAAAGAUCAUUGACAAGUGAAUUUGUGAACUCAUUCACAUUAGAAAAUCUUACUUUCAAAUGGGAAACAAUUGAAAAUUUACUCAAAACUUGCAAUGAGGAAUUUGGUAUUCAAAAUUACAUUCUCGAUCAAUUGAAUAACCAUUGCAUUGAAUAUGCUGCUGUUCAAAUGCAAACCAAAGAAGGAAACACUUUAUUAUCGACUCUUCCAAUAAUUAUGAGAAAUGCUACUGCCAUAUUUCCAAAAAUGAUCAUUGCUCAACCAACUGCAAUUAAUAUUGAGGAAACAAUUGAAAAUGAACCACAAACAAUUGAAUCAUUAUAUGGUGAUAUGAAAACAAGUGAUGUAAAAAUCAAAAUGGGACAAAACAAAUACUUAUAUUGUCACAAAACUGUAUUGAGUUCAUCAAGUACAUUGUUUAAUGCAUUAUUUGACAGUGGAUCUUGUUUCAGUGAUUUGAGUGAUGAUGGAAUAUUCACACCUGACGAAUCAGAAGAUUUGGAAUUAUUGGAAAUUGUGAUCAAAUAUUGUUAUAGAAUUUCAAUUGACAAAAUUGAUGCUGUUAAAAUUAUUGGAUUACUUGAUAUGGCAAUGAAACAUGAAAUUCAAUAUCUAAUCAAUUAUUGCAAGAAUAACUUUACUCUAUCCAUUGAUAAUUACUUUGCUAUGCUUGAAGUUUGUGAAAAUUAUUUUGAUUUACAACUAUUUGAGCAAUUUUUGAGAGAGAUUCUCAAGUUUAGCAUUGUCAACAGAAAACAACUCUUCAUAGAUCAAAAUAGAAUUUCCAAAUUACCUGAAAAAUUUUGGCAAGAAAUCUUAAAGCUUUCACAGGACUUUUGA